GCGUAACAACUUGCAAGUCCGGUCUAUGUCAAUUUAAGUGUUAACGUUUUUUGCACGAGUUUUUUCCUACGUAUUUUUCUUCAUUGACAAAAACUGAGCUCCCUCUCGUACGUGUGUGUGUGUGUAAGCGCGCGCUUGUGUGUGUGUGUAUAUCUGUGAGUGUGUGUGUGAGUGAGUGGAUGUGUGUGUUAGGUUCUGGCGUUUUUGUAUGGUGCAGAAUAAUUUUUGCAAACAUUAUGUAAAUGCGCAAAUUAAAGUUCAAUCGGCACUUAAAACUACUUAAAUCAAAUACAGAUUGCCUAGCAUUUUCUGUGUGUGUGUUCAACAUUCAAAGCAACAGUUUAUUCAAAAUCAUCAACACACACCGACACAGAUAACUCAAUAUUUUAAAAAGAAAGACCGUUAAAAGUUAAAUUUUUUUUUAAAAAUGGCCCAAACAGCGGCCUCAAUGGCGGCCACUAGUGUCGUUGUAUUGGAUCGGGGAAAUAACACAACUUGCACCAUUAACUUGCAUGGCGCCACAGUUGUCUCGUGGAGGGUUAACAAUCAGGAGCAGUUAUUUGUCAGUAAACUGGCCUCAUUUGAUGGCAAGAAGGCGAUACGAGGUGGCAUACCCUUUGUGUUUCCUCAAUUUGGUGCCUGGUCCUUUGGUCCACAACAUGGAUUUGCCCGUAUCACACGUUGGCAUUUGGAAAGGGCGCCAGAGCGUCUACACAAUGGUGAUGUGGAGGCCAUAUUCUCGCUAAUGGAUAAUGAAUUUACCCGCUCCAUUUGGAAUUAUCAAUUCCGCAUUACCUAUCGUCUUAUAUUACGCGAAAAGGAACUACAUUUUCACAUUGGCGUCUACAAUCCUAGCAAGGAAUUAAGUUUUACCUUCAAUAUGCUGCUCCAUACCUAUUUGAAGGUGCCCGAUGUACGAAGAUGUCAGAUAACUGGCCUGCAAGGCUGCCAUUUCAUUGAUAAGACCCGCGAGAAUGCCUUAUAUCAGGAGGGCAGGGAAGUUGUCACAGUAAAUGAGUGGACCGAUAGAAUCUAUCAGCAUACACCGCAAGAGCAUGUGAUAACCAAUGUGGUAUCCGGACGCAAGAUGAGACUGCAUAAAUACAAUUUUCCAGACACAGUUAUCUGGAAUCCCUGGAUUGAUCGUUCGCGCGAAAUGAGCGAUUUUGGUGAUGAUGAGUUUCCCAAUAUGUUGUGCGUAGAGGCGGGCAAUGUUAGUUCUCCCGUCAUCCUCUUACCGGGCACAGCUUUUGAGGCCAGUCAGAUUCUACAGAUCAUCAUCGAGGGUAAUGUGAGUCGUAAGACUAAACGGAAUCGCUAGCGUUUAAAGAAUCGGAACCCAUUGAGGUAAACCGAUUCGCCCACAACAAAAAAAAAAAAAAGAGAAGCAAAGAAGAAAAAAAAACACGCACACACACCACACACAACAAAAAAGAGAACGAGAUUUGGAUGGAUGGAGCGACAGAUGAUGGGAAAAGGGGCUAAAUACAUAUGCUCUGGUUUGGUUGUUUAUUCCGGCUCGGAUGAUUUUUUAGACUCUAAAUGUACAAUUUUUAAGUAAUAGUAAUUCUAAUCCUAAACCCCCCUCCCUCUAGCAAGAAAAAUCAAAUUAAAAACUAAACUAAUGUGACACACAUAAAUAAUAAUUAAAUUGUAUACGAUAAACGAUACGAUCGAUAAAUUUAUAUAUAUAUAUAAUAUAUAGCUGUCUUAAACUAGUUUAAA